ACUGCUGGCGGAACCUACUGAGAUGACGAGCUUGGCGUUACUGUAUGUUGUACCUCUUCUGUGUCCUUUUUCAGAUUCCGCAGAAACAAACCUGGCACUAAACAAGCAUGCUUUUCAAAGUUCUGAGUAUGGGGACUCAGCUGUAGACACGGGCGCUGAGAACGCCGUGGACGGCAACACAAACGGCGAUUGGUAUGCCAACUCGUGUACAACCACCGCCAGUCAUGACACAAGCACCUGGUGGUUUGUGGACUUGCUGGAGGCGUAUGAAGUCACCCAGGUGAUAAUGUGGAACAGAGUUAAUCAUUCGGGACGUCUGAGAAACCUGGUUGUGGAGGUAUCUAGCGUCAACCCUGCAACGUACCCUUCUGCAUACAGAAAACUCUGCAGUAGAUUUCCAGGAAUUGCCGGAGCCCAAGAGAACCUGACUUGUAACUCCCCUGUGAUUGGCCGAUUUGUAAGAAUCAGUAAGAUUCACGUGCACGGGACUAUCCCGUUCCUAACCCUCUGUGAAGUGGAUGUAAGAGGGAAUCUGUUACAAAUAGAUGUCACCGAGUCAAACGUGGCCUUACACAAGGUGGCCUACCAGAGUUCUGAUUACCCCAACCCCGACACCGGUGCGGGAAAUGCAGUUGACGGCAACACCGACGGAGCCAUAGGUGGAAACUCCUGCACAAGCACCGCUGACGGCGACAUGAACGCGUGGUGGCUGGUGGACUUACUAGAUGUGUACGAGGUCACCAACGUAACACUGUGGAACAGAGACAUUGGCGCUGAUCGUCUUCAAAACCUGGUUCUUGAAGUGCGAAGCCAACUGCCGGUUGUUUUACCAAUCCCUCAAGCGGAACUGUGUACGGCCUUUCCGGCAACAGUUGGUGCGCAGGUGACCUUGCCCUGUGACGCACCUGUGAUUGGUCGAUUUUUCAUAGUCCGAAAAGUCAAUGUGUCCGGGAUAGAUGAACAUCUGACAAUGUGUGAAGUUGCUGUUAGUGGGAAUUUGAUAAAAUCAGACUGUGGUUCACGGUGUCUCAAAGCGGAAGUAGGAAAACGGUUCAUGACUGACAACGCCAGCAAGUUCGUCACCGUACUUUCACCUGCUGAAUGCGCAUGUGACUGCCACCGGAACAUCCGGUGUCUCGGCUUGAACUACGAGAUGUCAACGGGAACCUGCGAGAUGAUAUAUAAGUUAAAAACGUCCGUGGAUCAGUUGAUCAACGCUCCCGGCUGGAAAUAUUAUGGAUAUAAUAUCUAUUGAAAACCAUUUCCUUUCCUGGGGUAUGAAUUACCUUACUCCAUCACCACAGUCUGUUAGAAUAACACCUGUGCAAAAGUAAUAACUGAUGUAAAUAGUGUCGGGCUUGAGGCCAUAUGGAUACAGGUUAAAUGCAAAUCUAGAAAAACAAAUCCGAUGAAAACACUCAAUAUUGGAAUUGAAUAAAUCAAUCAAUGCACAGUUCAGUAGAUCUUUAUGAAUUAAUUCAUUAUUGUUACUGGCGAUUUUAAUAUUCACAUACUCCAGGAUAACAAUUCAACAAUAACGAACAUUUGCAAUCUACAUCUUU